GAGACCACAAAAUGGCAAUGGAAGUAUCAACCGUCAGUAUAGGAGCUGUAUUCUUGCUUGUACUGCUGCUGUUGGUGCUGAUUUUUGGUUCAAGAGAUACUUGUAUGCAGGGAAAAGGUAAAACAGGAGCUGGAUCUGGAGUACUGCAGGGUCUGUAUCAGUUCCUGUCUCGUUCUUCUUCCCACUCCCUCCCAGGACCCCCCGGCCGCUUCCUUGUUGGCAAUAUUAUGGAGCUGAUGCACGAUCACCUUCCAAUUCACCUAACCAGUCUGGCACAACACUAUGGAAAUAUUUAUCGCCUGAAAUGUGGAAACACAACUAUGGUUGUGUUAAACAGUAGUGACGUAAUAAAAGAAGCACUUGUAAGGAAAUGGUCUGACUUUGCUGGAAGACCUAUUUCAUACACAGGUGAUAUUGUAUCUGGAGGAGGGCAUAACAUCUCUCUGGGGGAUUACACUGAGAAGUGGAGGGCACACCGUCGCCUCGUCCACGGUGCCUUGCAGCGCUGCUGCCAGCGAUCUUUGCACAGUGUGAUCGAGAGACAGGCACUGCAUCUGAGAAAGGUUCUGAUGGACUAUCAAGGCCGUGCUGUUGACCUCGCUGAAGAUUUCACCGUGGCAGCCAGCAACGUCAUUACCACUUUGGCUUUUGGAAAAGAAUAUGAUAAGAGUUCUUCUGACUUGCAGCAGCUGCACAGCUGUCUGAAUGAGAUUGUUGCUCUGUGGGGUUCUGGCUGGAUUUCUGCCCUGGACUCCUUCCCAUUGCUCAGGAAAUUUCCCAAUCCUGUGUUUGCCCGUCUUCUCAAAGAAGUGGCCAGGAGAGACAAGAUCAUAAGACAACACCUCGACAGUUAUAAGUUGCAAGAACAAAAAAAUGAGGACGCCAUUACAGGAUCCCUCCUCCAGGGCCUAGACAAACAUCGGAACACAGAACAUGAUGCGCGCCUGACGGAUGUCCAUGUUCAUAUGGCGACUGUGGACCUUCUCAUUGGGGGGACAGAGACCACGGCAGCCUGGCUGAACUGGACUGUGGCCUUCUUGUUACACCGACCAGAGGUGCAAACCAGGGUGUUUGAGGAGUUGUGCACAGUGCUGGAGGGACGUUAUCCCAAGUACAGCGACAGACACAGACUUCCUGUCCUGUGUUCUCUGAUCAGUGAGGUGCUCAGACUCAGGCCGGUCGCUCCUCUGGCGGUGCCACACAGAGCUCUCAGAGACAGCAGUAUUGCAGGUUAUUUCAUCCCUAAGAAUACAGUCAUCAUCCCAAAUCUUUUUGGAGCUCAUCACGAUCCUUCGGUGUGGUCUCAGCCAUACAGCUUCAAACCAGAGCGCUUUCUGGAAGGAGGAGGAGGCUCCACCCGUGCCCUGAUGCCUUUCGGAGGGGGGGCUCGGCUCUGUUUGGGUGAGGCUGUGGCCAAAAUGGAGCUCUUUCUGUUCACUGGAUACUUGCUCCGAGAUUUCCAGUUCAUCCUCCCUGAGAACGAAGGCUCUCCGCCUGACCUUAGAGGGGUCGCCAGCGUGGUGCUUAAAGUCAAGGCUUACAAAGUUACAGCCCGACCCAGAUGUGUAACUAAUCCCUGAACUCUGUUGCUUGAAUAUUGCAUUUGAAUGUUCUCUGAAA